GAUAUUUAUUUCACGAACAGUUGGUGAUCAUCAGUGAAGUCGCUAGCAUUUGGGUGUGGUGAACGUAGAUCUCAUAUUUUUCGUAUUUUUAUUUUUGUGUUGGAGUGAUUUCAAUUGUGAUAAGUGCAAGUAGUGAAUAUGCAUUUCGGCAUCUUGGGCAGUGGUGUUGUGGGUCUGACGACCGCUUUGGAAUUGCAGCAGAAUUAUCCAAAUGCGCAGAUCACAAUACUUGCCGAUCGUUUCAAUGAGGACACAACCAGUUAUGUAGCAGCGGGCAUCUUCAGACCCGGAACAAGUUUUGCGGGCCCCACCAGGGAGAUUACACAACAAUGGAUUACGGACGCCUUCCACUAUUGGGAUGAUAUACGUCGCUCCAAGGAGGCACCGCUUGCUGGUGUUUGCCAGCUGUCGGGCUACAUUUACUCGUCAACUUCACCGAAGAUCGUGCGGAACCACUUUGUCGAGCAGCUAUUGCCGGUUUACCGUCAAGCCACCGAAGAGGAAUUGAAGCUUUGCCAGGGUGAUUGGAAAUAUGGUUCAUUCUUUACAACUUGCCUCACCGAAUGCCGACUCUUUCUGCCAUACGCAACGAAGAAAUUCAUUGCAGCUGGAGGUCAAGUGACGCGCCAAAGUGUCAACUCCUUUUCGGAAGUCUCACAGCAAAACUUCGAUGUGAUCUUCAAUUGCACCGGUUUGGGUGCCAAAGAACUGUGCAAUGAUGCACAACUCGUACCGAUGCGCGGACAGGUUGUGAAAGUGCGCGCACCAUGGGUCAAGCUGGCUUUCUAUGGUGACUAUGACACUUACAUUUUGCCUGGAUUCGAGGCUGUUACACUCGGCGGUUGCCGUCAAUAUGACAGCUACAAUUUGAAUGUCUGCAAAUACGAUUCGAUGGCCAUUAAGGAGCGUUGCUAUGGCAUGCUGCCGAGCUUGAAGCGCGCCGAGGUGGUGCGUGAAGCUGUUGGAUUGCGACCACAUCGUGCUGUGGUGCGUGUGGAAAGCGAAAUCCUACGUUUGGCUGACGGACGCUCUCAGAAGGUGGUGCAUAAUUACGGACAUAGCGGUUAUGGUGUAACUACCUCUCCCGGUACCGCGAAGUAUGCUGUUAAAAUCGCUCGCGAUCUUUUGGCUGGUAACAGUAAAUUGUAACGGUUUAACUGAAAGUGUUUACUUCAUAUGUGUACAUGUAUGUAGAUGUCUUGGAAGUUGAAAAAAUAUGUACAUAUAUAUUAAUCUGUAUAAAAACUUUUAUAUGUAAAUAAAUUGCUAAAUUUUAAAAUUUUUUAAA